GUUUCAUAAAAAGUGCCAGCUGUUUGUCGAUUGUUUUGUAGAAAAAGAAAGUUUACGUAUUUUGAGCUUGAAAAUUCGUCCUUCCAAUGAGACUCAACCCGUUCAGGCAGGCGGACUUCUUAUAUUUCUACUCGUUGCAAGCAGGGGUGGUGAUAUGUUCUUCAAUCGGAAUAUUUCUCGCUAUCACCUCUUUGAUUGUAAAUUUGGCCUCGGAAAACUCGGAAAUAGAGAACAAUAUAAUUGUUGGUCAGUACAUUCUGGUUUCUUUUUACUGUGUAAUAUCUCUUCUCGGCUUUUUACUGGGUCUUGUGUCCGCCUACCAGGAAAAGUUUUCUGUAAUUUACGUCUCCAUAUCUCUCCAAGCUUUAAUGCUCCUUUACUGGCUGGUUCUUCUCAUUCUAUCCUUUCAUAAUCACCCUUAUUUCACAAGGAGGAUUUGCAUACAAUAUCGAUGUGCGGAUCACCUGUGGAUCCAAGACGCGAGGUGGCGUUACUAUGUCAUCAUUUGCGACCCGGAGGAUCGGAAUCUUCCGGUCAUAUAUCAUCCUACUGCUGCAAGCGUACUUGACAAAUAUCUUAACGUCUGGGGAGAACCCGAUCAUCAUGAAGUUUCGAAGAACACCCUAAACAAGGACGAGAGUGGAGGAAAAAUUCAAAUUAACAAACCGGCGAAUAAAACGCACAUGUCAAAAACUCAAAUUAACAAACCGCCCAAUAAAACGGACACGUCAAAAAUUCGGAUUAACAAACCGGCCAAUAAAACGGAUAUGACAAAAAUGUCGAACUGGCCGAUUCUCGCCGACGGCGACGUUCUUCCCGCCAAGCGCGUUUUACAGAGCGACGACGUCGGGAUUUUGCCCGGUGUUUCGGAAAAAGUCUGGGACCCACAGUCUGAUUUUGGAAAAGGCGGCCUUUUAGCCAUUUCUAUCAUUUUCAGCAUCAUGUUGACAGCUUUCUUCGUUUACAGUAUCACAACACUCAUAUCUUACAGAAAUGAGUUAAAAGCGUUGGAAUGGAGUGAAGAUAAUUAAAUUGGAUAAGCAUUACAUCACAUUUAAUGACAUUACUUUUUGAUUGUUGUAUAUGGCACGUUUAGUCUUCUCGGACACAUGUUGGGCCUUAUGUCAGGAUAUAAG